AUGAAUUUUACUUAUUACAGUACUAUGGAAAACUGUAAAAAUGCAAUUAAUCCAAUUGAAAACCGUACUCUUCAAAUUAACUAUUCUACUGUUGAUGAAAUCAGAGACUCUUAUUUUCUUAUUUAUCUCUAUUAUGAUCAAGGAUGUAAAAACUUACAAUAUAUUCUUAAUAAAAAGAAAUUCUGUUUUCCUCUGAAUGGAAGAUGGUGGAAUUUUACAAUAGUAAAGAAUACAAUCCAAGGUAGGGAAUACUCCGAUUCAUCUUGUUUAGACAUUGUUAGUAAUUUCACUACCGACUUAAAUGUUUGUUUAACAUAUCCUCAGAAUGUAUUUUAUAUUGAUCCUUCAAAAAAUGAAUUACCAGGAUUAAAUUUAGAUUAUGACUAUAACUAUAACCAUGUUGAGAAUAAUGCUGAAAUGAUACUUGGUUAUUUAACUAUCAUGUUAUGUAUCUUCAGUCUCAUAUAA